AUGGAAGGAAAUGGAUCAACUAAGAAAACAUAUAAUAGAGGGGCGUGGACACCGGAGGAAGAUCAAAAGCUAGCUCAAUGCAUAGAGGUUCAUGGACCCAAGAGGUGGAAGACCGUUGCAACCAAAUCAGGUCUAAACAGAUGUGGAAAGAGUUGCCGCUUGAGAUGGUUGAACUACCUUAGACCUAAUAUCAAGAGAGGCAACAUUUCAGAUGAAGAAGAGGAUUUGAUCAUAAGGCUUCACAAGUUGCUAGGAAACAGGUGGUCGUUGAUAGCAAAGAGGCUUCCAGGACGAACAGACAAUGAAAUCAAGAACUACUGGAAUUCAUGUUUGUGCAAGAAGGUUAAUCCCAAAGAUCUAAAACCCCACACUAGUUCAACUAUGCCACAAGAAACUCGUGCUGAUGAGGGAAUAUCAUCAGCACUAGAAAGUGGAGGAAGUGGGCACAUGGAAAUGAAGUUUGAUUUCAAUGAAUUUUUCGACUUUUCAAUUGACGAAGGAGCAUAUGCAUUGGAUUGGGUGAACAAGUUUCUGGAGCUUGAUGUAAUCCCAGAGAGUUCAACCGAGUAAUAUUUUGUACUUGUGUUCUAUUUUGUUCUGUAUGUCUCAAUAAGUUUUUACUUAUCGUCCAUCUAAUGCUAUUGUUGUUACUAUUCUAGGUGUAUAUUUCAAUGAUAAUGUCUUGGCAUGAAGA